AUGAGAGAAGUUAUUUCAAUUCACAUUGGACAGGCAGGAGUUCAGUUAGGAAAUGCCUGUUGGGAAUUGUACUGUCUGGAGCAUGGUAUUCAAUCUGAUGGAAUGAAGCCUUCAGAUAAGAGUUUCGGCUAUGAUGAUUCCAACGAUACUUUCUUUUCAGAGACUGGAAUUGGAAAGCAUGUGCCAAGAGCUGUUUUUCUCGAUCUGGAACCAACAGUUGUGGAUGAAGUGAGAACUGGUACCUAUAGACAGCUAUUCCAUCCUGAUCAGUUGAUUAGUGGCAAGGAAGAUGCUGCCAAUAAUUAUGCAAGAGGUCAUUAUACGAUUGGCAAGGAAAUUGUUGACCUAUGUUUGGAUAGAAUUAGAAAGUUAGCUGAUAAUUGCACUGGUUUGCAAGGUUUCUUGGUGUUCUCAUCGGUUGGGGGUGGAACUGGUUCAGGUUUAGGUGCUUUGUUAUUGGAAAGGUUGUCAGUUGAUUAUGGAAAGAAACCCAAGUUGAAUUUCACAAUUUAUCCAUCACCUCAGAUUGCCACCGCUGUUGUUGAGCCAUACAAUUCAGUCUUGUCCACUCACGCCUUAUUGGAACACAGUGACGUAUCUGUAAUUCUGGAUAACGAAGCAAUUUAUGACAUUUGUCGUCGAUGUCUCGACAUUCCAAAACCAACCUAUACGAAUCUCAACAGAAUAAUCGCUCAGGUCAUAUCCUCCCUCACUUCUUCUCUCAGAUUCGAUGGUGCCCUCAACGUUGACAUUUCUGAAUUCCAAACUAAUCUAGUUCCCUAUCCAAGAAUCCACUUUAUGCUCUCAUCCUAUUCUCCAAUAAUCUCAGCCGAAAAGGCCUAUCACGAACGUCUCAGUGUGAGUGAAAUCACAAAUGCAGUUUUUGAACCUGCCUCAAUGAUGGCCAAAUGCGAUCCACGUCAUGGCAAAUACAUGGCAUGUUGUUUAAUGUACAGAGGAGAUGUCGUUCCAAAAGAUGUCAACUCUGCCGUACAAACAAUCAAGCAUAAGAGAACGGUGCAAUUUGUUGAUUGGUCGCCAACAGGUUUCAAAUGUGGAAUUAAUUAUCAGGCACCAAGUGUUGUGCCAGGUGGAGAUUUGGCAAAGGUGAUGAGGGCUGUGUGCAUGAUUUCAAAUUCGACUGCCAUUGCUGAGGUCUUUUCGAGAAUUGAUCACAAGUUUGAUUUAAUGUAUGCAAAGAGAGCUUUCGUCCAUUGGUAUGUUGGGGAGGGAAUGGAGGAGGGAGAGUUUGCUGAGGCUAGGGAGGAUUUGGCAGCUCUGGAGAAGGACUAUGAGGAGGUUGGAACUGAAUCAAGUGAGGAAAAGGAAGAAACAGAGCAAUAA